AUGGGCAGUGAGUUCAGCAGUUGUGAUAAGCUGGAGAGCAUGUUACGACAUGGAAGUUCAGGACCACGCAAUCUACCCUUGGAAUAUUUGAGAAACAUCACAAACAACUUCUCUGAUGAUCGGCUACUUGGUGAAGGUGGUUUUGGCACAGUAUAUAAGACCAACAAUAGACCAAGUUACCAAGAUGCUUCACCGAACAGAAAGUGUAGACUUCAGGGGCAGAAAGGCGGCAGAAAAGAAGGAAUGCCAAUCAUCAAGAAAGAUGAGGAGAUACACGCUACCGCUCGCCUGGAGUUGGAUCGGCGGCUUCGCUCGCUGUCGCUGGGUCCGCGCCCCGAAAAUAAUGCUCCCUCGACCUCGGUGGCAGCGGCGACGGGGGCUGGGACCUCCGCCCCCUCGGCCAAAGCCUCGGCUUUAUCCGGGCCCGACGACUUCGCCACCCCGAUUACCGAUUGGGAGGCGCACAAGGCCCUGUGCCCCAGCUCUGAUCCCCCCACCCCCUCGCUCACCCGGCCAGAUGUGAAGAGUGCGGCAGCUGGGGACGGAGGAAUCAAGGGCGUGCGCCCGCCACCGCUGAUCAAGCCGCCAUCCUCGAUAGCGGUGCCGGUUGUCUUAGGGUCGGGAUCCACGUGGGAUGUCAUGCGGUCGUUCACGCUGGAUGAGCCAGAGCGCGCGCCGGCGAGUAGACCUGCCCGUCGGUUUGGACACCAGGAUGCGGUGGACAAGGACGAGGUGGAGAAUGCGGUGGAAGACCCUAGUCUCGGGGAGUCGUCCGAGUUCUGGACUGCUGAUUCUUCGCUAUCGUCGCCCAACGGUGACGAGACUUCAAGUAGGACCGUCGAAUCCAGGUUCUGUAUCUCACCAGGGAGGUUUAGGAGGAAGAUCCGGCCAUGGCGCCGAGGGGUACUCCUGGGCAGUGGUUCGUUUGGUACGGUCUAUGAGGGCAGCAGCGAGGAGGGUUUCUUCAUUGCUGUCAAAGAAGUAAACUUAUUUGAUAAAGGGAGCAACGCGAAGCAAUGUAUCUUUCAGCUUGAGCAGGAAAUUGCACUUUUGAGCCAGUUUGAGCAUGAGAAUAUAGUACAGUACUAUGGGACAGAUAAAGAAGAUUCCAAACUAUACGUCUUCCUUGAACUAGUGACCCAAGGAUCCCUUGCAUCUUUGUAUCAAAAGUAUAUCCUGCGAGAGACUCAUGUCUCUGCAUAUACAAGACAGAUCCUUUACGGGUUGACUUACCUCCAUGAAAGGAACAUUGUUCAUAGGUGA